CGGGCUGGGAUUUUCCCUGGUGACGACGCCAGCGCCAUUUGCGAAUAGAACUAAUGUCCUUCCUUCCGAGCGUCGUGCCCCGCCUCAAGCAAGCCGUGCUCGCGCAGGACUUCAUCGCGAAGAACCCCAAGGUCGUCUCGUUCCUCGAGCACCCCGCGGGCCCCUUUACGAUUCACUUUUGGGCGCCGGCGUUCAAGUGGUGCAUCUCGCUCGCCAACGUCGCCGACAUGAAGAAGAACCCGGACUUGCUCUCGACGCCGCAGCAGGUCGCUGUGACCUUGACCGGCGUCAUCUGGUCGCGCUACUCGCUCGUCAUUACGCCCAAGAACUGGAACCUCUUCAGUGUCAACCUCUUCAUGGCCGGCACGGGGUUGACCCAGCUCUACCGCAAGGCCCACUGGGAGUACAUGGGCGGCCGCGACGAAGCGGCCAAGGCGGCCCUCAAGACGGAAUAAGAAGCGUAUUCGAUUGCUUUCAAUACACGUGAGAUUGCUCGUUGCGUUAAAACCCUCG